UAUUUGACUUUGAAAACUCCACACACAAACACACACACACACACACACAAAACCAAAAAACACCCCCGAAAAUCUCAAAUCACAUUUAAAUCUUCAUCAUCAUUUCCUUCCCCAUUUACACGUACACAAAUGGCCGGACUAUUUACAUACCUCCUCGGCGGCGCCGGAAUAUUCCUGAUCGGCGCAUCUGAAUCCAUUUUUUCAUCUUCCGAAACCCUUAAAGACAUUUCAUCUCUUAAUUCACUCCAACCUCCAACACCCAAUUCAAAAUCAAAAUCCAAAUCAAAAUCAAUCACUUCCUUAAUCUUCUUUUCAAUCUCCCUAAUCUCUUUUUUAUUCAUCUUAAAUUCCCUAAUCUCAAUUAUCUCGGCACUCAAAUCCAAUGAUCAAACCGGCGUCGUUUUGCAGCUCCAAGUAAUCUCAAUCUCAAUUUUAUUUUUCCUUUUUUCAAUUUUAGGCCUUUUUACAAAUCUUUCAAAUUCUAUUAAAAUCCCAUCACAGUUAUUAAACACCCUUUGUUUGUUUGCUUUUAUUGAAGAAUUUAUAAUGUUUUACUUGCGAAAAAAGGACCUCGAUGGGAUCGAAAACCGGUAUUAUGAUUUACUUCUUGUGCCUAUAACUGUAUGUAUAGUUUGUACAUUACUUGAACUUAAAGGUUCGAGCUUUAAACCGGGUUAUUCGAGAUUAGGAAGAGGGGUUGGGUUGGUAUUGCAAGGAAUGUGGAUUGUGCAAAUGGGUUUUUCGUUUUAUUCGAAUUUGAUAACGGAUGGGUGUUUUAUUAAAGAAAAAAGUAGAGGGAAUUUUACGAUUAGGUGUAAAGGGCAUCCCGAGUUUCAUAGAGCUAGAGCCAUUGCUACGUUGCAGUUUAAUUGUCAUCUUGCUUUGCUAGUGUGUUUUGUUGUUGGUAUGUAUGGGUUGGUUAGUAAAAAGUAUGGCGUGAGUAGUGAGUCGUUGCAGUAUAAGCCACUUGGUGCGGAAAUGCAGCAUUUGGAUCAGGGUCGGUUUACUUUGGAUAGUGAUGAAGACGAAGAUGAAGUUGGUGAUCGUAAUGGUGGUGUUAAGAAUGAAGGGAAUGUAGCUGUUGAGACGACAGUUAAUGGUUAUGGAUCUCAUCAUUGACGUGAUAUAGUAAAUGCUCGUUAUAUAGGUAGUUCGAUCAGAUGGUUUGGUUUUGGUGUUUUUUUGUUUCUUGGUUUGGUAAGAUUGUAGAGAUGUAAUGUUUUUGAUAAACUUUUGUUCAAUAAAGAUUGUAUUUUUUGUUUUAGUUGAUA